AAUAACAUAUGCUAUCCGUUCUAGAGUUGAUCUUCAUCCAUUCACUCGUUCGCAAGAAAGGAGAUGCUACUUUCAAGACCUGAUAGCUGCUCUGCAACUGUGUAUGAUGCGUUAUCUCGAUCUUCGUUAUCUUCGCAUCGCCGGCACAAUGCAUCUGAUCUCAAUAUGAACUUGGAACGGUUUCGUCCAGUUACGUUUCCACGCUUUAAAGCUACUCUCAUCACUAAUUCCGAUUCCUUCCUAGUCGGUAAGCUCAUCGGAAGCUACGGUUUCAUGAAUAUCACCAGUUACUCAAGACCACAGACAGGUUUUGAGAUGGAUUAUUCACCGGAUGAAUUAGGACAGCUAAGAAUUCAAGAUGUAGGAGAAGGCGACGUGAUGAUCAGGCUGUAUGAAGGAAAAAUAGCUCAAGGCAUGCUUAAAGGGACUCCUGUUACUUUUAAGGUUUAUCCUGGCCAACAAGUUGGUGGUUUGGAAGCUGAUAUGAUGGCUGCCAAUGAGUUGAAUGCUCAUGUGUAUCUUCAAAGCAUUUCAAAGAAUAGCCAGAAUCUUCAAGUACUUAUUGGUGGAUUCGAGACAAAGACUGGGGAGCAGUGGCUUGCUUUUCGUGGUGAUGGGAAAUACAGUGCAGCAGAUUAUGCAAAAGUUACGGUUGAAAAACUCAUGAAAAAACGUGCUUUAGGAGAAAAAGGUUUUUGGAAUCCUUUUGAACAAGAGGUAACCUUAAACAAUAAAAGAAAUUUUAUUGUUAAGUUGCUUCAGGGUACUAUAAAAGGCUUGGCAUACAUGCAUGACCAUGAUAGAUUACACCAAAGCCUUGGACCUUCUUCGGUUGUUCUCAAUACAUUGGUUGACAAAGAAGCUGGCUACUUAGUUCCAAGGCUUCGGGAUCUUGCCUUUUCAGUUGAUAUAAGAUAUUCAGAAAUGGAGAAGCAACCUUCAGGACCACUGUCAAAAGGACUAUGGAAACGUGCAACUGCUGCCGGUGCAUUCAACCCAAUGGAGAAAAGAGCCUUUGGAAUAGCUGAUGACAUAUAUGCGGCUGGGCUUCUUUUUGCAUACAUGGCUUUUGUUCCAUUUUGUGAAGCAGGAAUUCUGGAUAGCAUUUCCUUGCAAAGGCUUAUUGAGAGCACUUUUCAGCUAGAUCUUAAAGCUAUGAGAGAGUAUUGUUUAGCAGAUGAUCAGUUAUUAGAAGCUGUCAAGUUUCUGGAUAUGGGCAAUGGUGCUGGCUGGGAACUCUUGCAGGCCAUGCUAAAUCCAGAUUUUCGAAAAAGACCAGUUGCAGCAGCUGUAGCAAACCAUCGUUUCAUGACUGGUCCUGUUUUCUAAGCCUUCUAUGAAUUAUUUCAUGUGAAUUGCCAAAUUACACUUUCAAUACAUG